GAGGAGAUGAACCGUUUCCUGAGAGCUGAGGAGAAUGGAGGGCUGCUGACGGACUGCAGGGAGCUGUCACACAACCACACAGCCUCAUCCUCCUCCUCCUCCUCCUCCAUCUCCAUCACCUACUCCUCCUCCUCUUCCUCCUCCUCCUCCUCCUCCUCUUCCUCCUCCUCCUCUUCCAGCGCCGCUGGCUCAGCCGACAGAGACGCGGCCCUGCCCUCGCUCCAGACCCGGGGACCUGUCGGCGGUGGCAGCGGCGGGUCGGAGCCGAGGUGUGGAGAUGCUUUCAGCGGUCAGCAGAGACGUGGAGGGCGGUGGCGGCGGCUGCGGACGGCGGAGGAACCGGCACCGGCAACACCAACAACAACAAUAAUAAUAAUAAACUGCGUCUCCGAAGUGACCACGGCCUCUCCUUCUGCGACAUGCACCAAAGGCAAGGAGGAGAGGAAAGGGAAAAACGUGAUCCGGGGCUGGAAGAGGGAGAGGGAGAGGGAGCGGGAGCGGGAACGGGAGAGAGACAGGGAGAGAGGAGAGGGUCCUCCUGUCCGGACGAGGAAGGAGAAGCCCGGCGAUGGCUGCGCGUCUCCUCCUCCUCCUCCCUCCGUCUUCCUCUCAUCAUCGUUGCGCCUGCCCGAGCAUCAUCUGUGCCGAGACGGCCCCGGACCCGGACACUGCCACUGCCUCCAGGACUCUCCAGGAUCAUGGGGGAAUAAUAAUAAUAAUACUUCUAGCAGCGGGAGUAACGGCGCCAAUAAAAGCACCGGAUCUCUGGAUUGUGGAGUUAAAAGCGGCGGUGCUAUUGUUGUCAGACGGCAGCAUGACGACACGCCGUCCGCCAAGAAACACAGAGGAGCGGAGAAGGUGGACCCCAUGUUCACGGUGCCAGCACCCCCGGCUCCAGGCCAUCCAGGAUCCUCCCUGCCCUCCGCCCCGUCCUUCUCCCCCCCGACCCUACCCACCUCUAACCCCAAGCAGCUGGCGGUGAGGACGAGGUCUAUCGGCACUAACACCCAGGAUGGGGGCGUGUCGGGGGGGCUGGACGGAGACUCUGCCUGUCUGGGACCCUGCCAGCCCGGGACCAGCGUCAACCUGGAGGGCAUCGUCUGGCACGAGACUGAAGAAGGUGUGCUGGUGGUGAACGUGACGUGGAGGAAGAGGACCUACGUAGGAACUCUGUUAGACUGCACCAAACAUGACUGGGCUCCUCCAAGGUUUUGUGAGUCUCCCUCCAGUGACCCUGAGAUGCCGGGUGGGCGUGGCCGAGGGAAGAGGAUGCGACUGGCAAUGGCUGAGCGUCCCUGCGUUGAACCGACCCCCGCUGCCAAAGUCAGAGGUCUAUCGCAGCACCGGAGUCGUGGAGGCGGAGUCGCAGGAACCGCUGCACCCAUCCACAACAAGGGGCGGAGAGGCAGCCUGAAACUCAUCAACAGCAACUGCAGAGCGCCUCCUUCUUUCUUCACCGUGGAGGAGGUGAAACCUGCUAACAGCACCGCCUCCCUCUCCUCUGGUAAACGGAAGAACAAACCACCAGCGGACCUGGACCUCAGCCUGGUCUCCACUGAUGACAUUAAAAAUGGGAAUGGGAAGCGGAUCCGAGCCAAAUCCCGCAGCGCCCCGUCCACACCGCAGGGCAAAUCAGACCCCUCGUUCAUGGACCCUGGAGGAGGUUGUGCCUCCUCGCCACCUCCCCCACCCAUUCUCAUUGACUGCCCCCACCCCAACUGCACUAAACGCUACAAGCACAUCAACGGCCUGCGCUACCACCAGACGCACGCACAUCUGGAGGUGGAGGAGCAGAGGAAGCCUGAGCUGGAGCCCAUAAAAGACGGAGAGAGUGAGGAACGACUAUCAGACUGUGAGGACACUAUCAGCAACAUGACAUAUGACCUCUCAGAGACAAACAACAGCACUAAUACCAACAGCUCCUCCAAGAAACCUGCCCCUCUAUACAAGGUGACCACAGUGGGGUCUCCUAAAAACAGGCGGUUACUCCUCAGCACCGACCACAGUCCUACAACUAACUCCAAAACCAGAAGAACCUCACUGCUAAAAGAUGGACUGAUCGACGACCUCAGUAACUUGCCCAUCAUCUCCAACAUGACCGUAGUUCUUGAGAACUGCAUGGUCCCAGACAGGAACUCCACGGUAGAGAUGCCCAAGCUGGAAGCUGAAGGUUUGAUCGACAAAAAGGGAGGCGUGUGUGAUAAGGGUAAGAAGGCCAAUGGGAAGGUGGAGAAGCUGUCCAAGUCACGGACCAACCGGCCAAUCGCUCCAGCUCCUGCUCCUCCCAAGCUGAUUGCCAUCCCCAACACAUCGUACCCGACCGGCACAGCAGAUACUGCCACCUCACAGCAACCCUCACCCAUGGCAGCUGUAGGCCUCACCAGUAAAAAUCUUCCCCUCAAGCCCAUUAAACCAAAGCUGAGCAUCGUUGUGGAGCCGAGCCUCGUCAAAGCCACCCUGGUUACCUGCAGCAAGGAGACCAGGAAGAAAGAGAAACGAAGGCUAAAGGACAAACACAACAAAGAUGCACCAAGUAGGACUCCUAAUGGCGACAGCAGCGGAAUCAAAAUGGAAGAUGGUGGUGGCGGAUCGAAAAUGGGUGUCAAGGAGAUUUCUGGAAGCCUUUUGAAGGAGCACCUCAGUAAGCAGGAUGUAAUGAACGGGCUUACAGAGAGCCAGGAGAGCAGAAUGGCCAGCAUCCGCGCCGAAGCCGACAAGGUCUACACCUUCACAGACAACGCACCAAGUCCCUCCAUUGGCGGUUCAUCACGGCUUGAUGCAAGUGGUAGUUGCCUGGCAACAGCAGACAGCAGCAGCAAGAACAACAGCCCAGCCUACUCUGAUAUCUCAGAUGCUGGGGAUGAUGGGAUAUCUUCUGAAUGUCGCUCGGAUGGACUCAGAUCCAAGUCUAGCUCCUCUGCCUCUUCUGAGGUAAGCUCCAACAGUAGCCAUGGUAACUCUGGUAAAACCCCUCCCACAGCAUCUGCCCCGCCAUCAAAAGACCCCCAGUCCCCGUACUACCACAGCUAUGAGCCCUACUAUCUGCAGGGGUACAUGCAGUCGGACAGGCAAAACAGCAGCAGCGUUGCUUUCCACAAAAGCUCGGCCCAUGACGGCAAAGGGAAAGACAGAAAGGAAGAAGUGAAAGAGGACGAUAAAAACAGCUCCCACGAGUUCUCAGACUCAAAAAAAGGCGACGGGCCGCCUCAGUCUCAGCUCCAGCUGGCUAUGAGUCAGACCCAGACUGCUUUGGCCCAGUCGCUGUACUAUGGCCAGUACUCCAGAGGACUGUACAUGGACCAGAAACUUUUACUGGCCUCCAAAUGCUGUGACCAGAUGCCUGGUACCAAGCAGAGGGGCGAGAGGGGACAGGGGGUGAGAGACGGGGAGGACGUUAAACACAUGGUUGGGGGUUCAACUGGGGGACCCAUGCUAGGUAAAGGUCCAGACGGCACUAAAGGGUGCUGUCCCAAACCCGUCCUGUCCUACGUGGAGAUGAGUGAGAGGGGAGAAAGGGGACAGAGUCUGAGCGUAAAGGCGGUGCACGGUGGCAUGGUGGACCAGCACCAGGUCUCGAUGAAAGACUGUGAUGACAUCAAGUCACCCUCCUCUUCCUCUUCUUCAUCACUCCACAACCCAAACAGUCAGACAGAUCUGGACUCAAAUGUUUCCUUUUCCAGUCCCUCAGACGGACCGGCCUGGGCUCACCGCCUGGCUCACAGCAAAUACUCAGAGCUACAGAGUCAACAUGGGGAGGAGGCUGAGGAGGGUGAAGCAGACAGGGGAAAAGAAUGGGGAGCUACCAUGGAGCCUGCCGGGGCCAAGCUGUCCUCAGGAGGAGGAGGAGGAGGAGGCGGAGGAGAGAGAGGAGGCGGGGUUAGCUGCGAUGCUAAAAAAGCCAGGUUCCACGGAUCCCACGACCUCCUGCCUGCCAUCGAUGGCGAGGAUUCGGACAGGCUGGAAGGGCUGGACGAUCAGGGCCAGGAGCCGAUCGGAGGGCUGUCCGAUGAGUCGCAGAGCGCUCGGGCGGCGGUGUCUCCUCCCAUGACCCCCCAGCAGCCCUACAUCCAGUACCAGCACUCCCCUUACCCGUCCUACCUGGCUAUGUGUGAGAGCAGCGGGGGCUCCUACAGAGGGGUGUCCCCAACUCUGGUCCACAACUACACAGGUUUCCACUACCCUCUGUACGGUAAGACGGCGGGCAGGGAGGAGUCGGAGGUGAACCCACCCAGCAGAGGAGGAGCGGUGAACAGCAAACAGAGCAGCGACUCGUCCUCGUCCUCGGCCAUGGAGCUCCUGCAGCAGCAGAGCCACCAGUACCACGGAAAAUCACCUGCUCCCGGCGAAAAGGGUUCCCCCGAGGGAGAAAGAGACACGGAGCGAGAGAGGAACCAUGUGUCGUUCGCCCGACACCUCCACACACACCAUCACACACACCUGGGUAUGAGCUACAACCUGAUGUCAGGACAGUACGACAUCUACCAAGGUUUGAGCUCCAGGUCGCUGGUCUCCGCUCAGCAGGUGUCAGGACACUCCUCCACUGAGAAUGAAGGGAAGAAGUAGGACCAUGUGACGACGUCUCACAUGAGGAACGGCAGAUUUAUUAGACAUCAAUUCCAUGGUGUUGAAUAAGCUUCGCCUCGUUGAGAGGCAGAGACACAAAGAAAAAAAAAACUCUUUCAUUUCUUACUAAUGACAACCACCUGUUUUAUAACACACCACUGAGGAGCGGUCGGGCCAACAGAGGAAACAGACAAACAGAUGGAGAGCAGGAUCUGGACGUUUUCGACAGAGGGACUAUCUGUACAAAUCCAGAAUUGCAGACUUUUCAAGCUUUCAGUUUUGCAGAGUUUUGACAGAAGCUGGCGGUGCGUAUAAAAUAAUAACAUCCCAGGACGCUGCACACACACAGUGGUGGUCAACUUUAUAAAAAUGCACAUUUAUCGUAGUGUAUUAUGAUGAUGAUAUGACUGAAUGUACUGAAGAUGACUUACAUAUCCCAAUAGUGUUGAUCGUUUUUUUAAAAACUCCUAUUGGGACACAGCAUUAGGAAGCUAAAAAGUCUAUUAUUAUCCUUAUUAUUAUCAUUAUGAUUAUUGAAGUGGUCCUCCUCCCUCCAUAGUGCUGACGCUACAUUUGUAUUACUAACCUGUACUUGAGCGUAACCAUGUUGAUUGUAUUGUCUUUAUGUGAGAGUAAACCUUCACAUCAAACCUGCCCAGUGCCAUGUAGGAAACCCAGUGGUGUAAAUAUUCUGUACAGAUUCAUGGCAGAGCACUAACAUGCUUUAUCGUAAUCUAUGUUGAUCUCCAUCAGCCAUGCAGGGGAGCAGCGGGCGGUGAAAAAAAAAAAACAGGAGAAAAACAGAGCCACAGUUUCUUUAUCAGAUUAAUGCAGUUCAUGCAGCAGUUUUUGUCCUGGAGGCACAUGAAGGUGAUGUUUGUGUUUAGGUUGCAUACUAUAUAUGAUGUGCAGCUUUUGGGAAGAGCUUAAUGUCAAUGUGCCAGCUACUGAAUGUUCGCCCCAGUUUGUGCCUCUGAAGCAGUGUUUUUAUAUUUGAGACUUUACAGCCACAUUAACAGCAUGCUCUAGUGGUGGCAGACUGAAAUAUCCUGACAAAUAUUGGAUAGA